UCGGCCCGCCCCGGCGCGGCUGCGGUGCUGGAAGCCUGGUUCUCCCGGAAGUUGCUGGCCGGGUCUGACUGGGUCCCCUCCGCUCGGCGCUGCUGAGGGGCCGGGCGCGGCGGGGAUGGCGGAGGCGGCGCUGCUGCUACAGCCGGAGGCGACGGCCGAGCGGGACGCUCGCGAGAAGCUGGCCCUAUGGGAUCGGAGAGCCGACUCGAUGGCGCCGCUGACAGACCGGCAGACCGACUCUGUGCUGGAGCUGAAGGCGGCGGUGGAGGACCUGCCGGUGCCCGCCGAGCUCCCAAUUGAAGACUUAUGCAGCUUAUCAUCCCAGUCACUGCCCAUUGAGCUGACUUCAAUAGUGCCUGAAUCUACAGAAGACAUUCUUUUGAAGGGCUUCUCUUCCUUAGGCAUGGAAAAAGAAAGAAUUGAGACCGCUCAGCAGUUUUUCUCAUGGUUUGCAGAGCUUCAAACUCAGAUGGAUCAGGAUGAAGGAACAAAAUACAGACAGAUGAGGGAUUACUUGUCUGGGUUUCAGGAGCAGUGUGAUGCUAUAUUGAAUGAUGUAAACAAUGCUCUUCAGCAUCUGGAAUCAUUGCAGAAACAGUAUCUUUUUGUGUCCAAUAAGACAGGAACUCUACAUGAAGCCUGUGAACAGCUCCUAAAAGAACAGUCGGAACUUGUUGAUUUGGCUGAAAACAUUCAACAAAAGCUUUCUUAUUUUAAUGAAUUGGAAGUUAUUAACACAAAAUUGAAUUCCCCCAAUUUUAAAGAUUAUCCUGUUUACUUACUGAAGUUUAAACAAUGCCUUUCUAAAGCUUUGCAUCUCAUGAGGACAUACACUGUGAACACGCUACAGACCCUCACAAAUCAGUUAAUAAAAAGGGACCCUUCAUCAGUACCUAAUGCAGACAAUGCCUUCACGUUAUUUUAUGUGAAAUUUCGAGCUGCUGCCCCUAAAGUCAGAACUCUCAUUGAACAAAUAGAACAACGAUCUGAGAAGAUACCCGAAUACCAGCAACUGCUAAAUGAUAUCCACCAGUGCUACCUUGAUCAGCGGGAGCAUCUUUUGGGCCCAAGUAUAGCUUGUACUGUCACAGAGCUGACCAGCCAAAACAACAGAGAUCACUGUGCCUUGGUUCGCAGUGGCUGUGCCUUUAUGGUCCAUGUAUGCCAGGAUGAGCACCAACUUUACAAUGAAUUUUUCACAAAGCCGACGUCAAAAUUAGAUGAGCUUUUGGAGAAACUGUGCGUAUCGUUGUAUGAUGUGUUCAGGCCAUUGAUCAUUCAUGUUAUUCACUUAGAGACUUUAUCGGAACUUUGUGGGAUCCUUAAAAAUGAAGUGCUUGAAGACCAUGUACAGAACAAUGCUGAACAACUGGGGGCAUUUGCAGCUGGAGUAAAGCAGAUGUUGGAAGAUGUGCAAGAGAGGCUUGUAUACCGAACCCAUAUCUAUAUUCAGACAGACAUCACGGGCUACAAACCAGCUCCUGGAGACCUGGCAUAUCCUGAUAAGCUAGUCAUGAUGGAGCAAAUUGCACAGAGUUUAAAAGAUGAGCAAAAGAAGGUACCAUCCGAAGCUUCGUUUUCAGAUGUUGGGUUGGAAGAAGCAGAGUCUAACAGUUUAACAAAACCUGGUUCAACAGAUUCCCUCAAUCCUAGACCACAGACCACGAUUUCUCCAGCAGAUCUUCAUGGGAUGUGGUAUCCCACGGUUCGAAGAACGCUUGUCUGUCUCUCCAAAUUGUAUAGAUGCAUAGAUAGGGCGGUGUUCCAAGGAUUAUCACAGGAAGCAUUGUCUGCCUGCAUUCAGUCCUUACUAGGAGCGUCAGAGUCUAUCAGCAAAAACAAGACUCAGAUUGAUGGACAACUUUUCUUAAUUAAGCACCUUUUGAUUCUUCGAGAACAAAUUGCUCCAUUUCACACUGAAUUCACCAUUAAGGAAAUUUCCCUGGACCUCAAGAAAACUAGAGAUGCAGCAUUUAAAAUCCUGAACCCUAUGACUGUUCCAAGAUUUUUUAGGCUGAAUAGCAACAAUGCCUUGAUAGAGUUCUUGUUGGAGGGUACUCCUGAGAUAAGAGAACAUUAUCUUGACUCUAAGAAAGAUGUAGACCGGCACCUUAAGUCGGCCUGUGAGCAGUUCAUUCAGCAGCAGACUAAGCUGUUUGUAGACCAGCUGGAGGAGUUCAUGACAAAGGUCUCUGCAUUAAAAACAAUGGCCACCCAGGGAGGCCCCAAGUACACCCUCUCACAACAGCCUUGGGCACAACCAGUAAAGGUCAAUGACCUUGUGGCCACUGCUUAUAAGACAAUAAAAGCGAAGCUGCCGCUGACAUUGAGAAGCAUGUCACUGUACCUGUCCAAUAAAGACACUGAGUUCAUCCUGUUUAAGCCUGUUAGGAAUAACAUUCAGCAAGUCUUCCAGAAAUUCCAUGCUCUGCUGAAGGAAGAGUUCACCCCUGAAGACAUCCAGAUCAUUGCUUGUCCUUCCAUGGAGCAGCUCAACCUCCUGCUGUCUGUUUCUAAAUAAGCCCGCUGAGCCACAUGUGUCAUCAGUCUACCCUGUAGGAGAGGCCUGAGGAAACCUGCAGCGUACAGGAUGCUGAGGUCUGCUACGUGGGACUGUCCUUGAAUACUGCACAGGCAUGUUGCUCAGUGCUGCCUACAGGAGGAACCCUAAGCCAAGUGUGGAAAGAUCAGUUUCCUUUUUAAAGACAUCAAAACGCCAAAGAUUAUUUGAUGAGCAGGGGUAGCUGCCUCAUUAUCAGAAAUGGAGAGUUAUAGGAGAUGGCCACAGGGGCUUGAAGUGAAAUGUUCCUUCACAAGGAUUGUGCAAUAAAAAUAGGUUACAAUAGAUAGUGUAGGGAAAGUUUAUGGACAUGCAGUUAACUGGAAGGCUGCUAUAAGUAAAGUGCUCCUCUGCGAAAUACUGCAACACUUUGACCCACUGAACAUUCCACAGUGACUGUUUAUUUGGAGAAAUCGUAUUUCUAUACUCAAAUGCAAUGUUUCUCCCUGCCAUGUUGAAGUUGAGUUGGGAUUUAUUAGUUGCUUCUGGAAAGACAUCUUGCUUUCUUGGACUUCAAGGUAUUAUCUUGUGGGCUUGAUGUGAGGCAGUUGAAAGAAGCCAAGGCCUUGUGUAAGAUUCCAGCACCUCUCCUUGAACUGCUAGGUAGGUGUGGUCUCACUAAUGUGGAUCUGCAUACCACAGUUGCCAGUGUGUGGAUCGGAAUCACCAGUGAAGGUGUCUUAAAUCUGGCACCUCCCAGAGAGAAGGAGCCCUGGGAGGCUGCGUGUCUUCUGAAUGCAACUUAGCUGCUGGCCUUCUACAUGCUGGGGCCUUUGGCUGCAGCCAUCCUCUGAAACAUGAGCACUCCUGUAUGUCUCUGGCUGCCCAUGCUGUGUUAGGUGCUAGCCUUAGAGGGUCCCCAGUCCUGCCACAGCCAAACAAAUUUCACAUGUAUACCCAAGUCUGACAAACACUGCCCAUGUCUUAAACCACCACACCAGUCAAGGAUCACGGAUUAUGAACAUCUGUGAAUUUUCCUAAAGAUUCUUUUUUGAAUUUGGGAUUAGAUUGGCUUUGUUCCUGGUGUUGCAGUAAAUGUGACCUGCUUCUUGGUUCAGAAAGAAUUCUGAAUUAUUAUUCAAACCCCCGUCUGGAGGGUAGGACACUGCUGAGGGCUCUGAAAUGGGGCUGGCGACCAGAUGGCAUAGACUGUAUGAUGGUAGCAGCUUCUCUUGCUUAUUGAAGGCUCUUGCACAGUGGGUCACCCAUCCUGAUAGAACAGCUCACUUGUUUUCAACCCAGUUUCAGUUGGUGGUGGAUAAUGCUUGGUAGAGCAUAUUACUUUAUAUUUUGGGAAGGCAGAAGGUAAGAGGGUCCAUAUUUUUUUCUUUGCCAUGAAAUGAACGAGUUAGAAAGAUUGUAUUUACUGUUUUAAAUACAUCUAAUGUGAUAAACUGUAAUAUCCAGUUUUGUGUAUUAUAUGUACAUUGGGUGUUUAAAUAGCCUUUCCAAAGAAAUGAGGGCAUGAUUAUUGUACAGUACUGUGACUGAGUAGAUUGAUGUACAUAGCAGAGCGUGUUCUUCAGGAUAAAAGUAUUUAAUGGCACUUGUUCUUGUGUUUUGAUUUUUUGUUUCUGAAACACUCGAACACCUUACAAAGUGCUAGGUAGGUGGUAAUGAUUCAACUUGUUUGCUAAAUGAAUAUUUGUUUAAAUCUGUACAGUUUCAAGUGUUUACUUAUACAGAAUGUAUAUACUUUCAAAUAAUUUAAAAUGCUUUAUAUUAUUUGGCUAGAAAUUGCUGUUUUUAAUAAAUGA